GGGGGUGAAGAUGCGCGAAAGGGGGCAUCGCGGAGUUGCCAUCACCGUCGUGUUACUGGGCUCGCCGUCGUCGCAUCUGGGUGGCUGUUGCGCCGCCGUUCAUCACUGCCCAGUCACCGUCGAAGCUUUGCAUCGCCGUUCUGACCGCCAGAAACCGCCGGUGGAGCCACUGUCUUCUUGGGCUGAGUUGUGGUUCUUGCAUGUUGAGUUCAGUAGCCGUGCAUGCGACAUCAAGCUGCCGCGUCGUCAACGGAGUCGCCGCUGUUCUGUUUUCUCGGAUACUCGUAGGUUCAGUAAGCCUUUUCCUGUUCCGAUUUCUUUUAGUCACUAUUCUGUGAUAUGUUUCUAAGGUCCUUGCAACGUU